GGGAGGAAGAGGAGGAGCCAGGGCCGCCUCCGCUCUGCCCUGCUGUCCCGCGCUCAGCGCUGGAACGCGUUCCCGCUUCUGGACUGUGAGCACCUCCUCUCCGCACUGGGUGAGGACCCCUGGCUCACGCAGACAUGGCUUCAGGUGCCGCCGCCACCCCUGUGAAGAUCGGAAUAAUUGGUGGAACAGGUCUGGAUGAUCCAGAAAUCUUAGAAGGAAGAACUGAAAAAUAUGUGGAUACUCCUUUUGGAAAGCCUUCUGAUGCCUUAAUUUUGGGGAAGAUCAAGAAUGUUGAUUGUGUCCUCCUUGCAAGGCAUGGCAGGCAGCAUACCAUCAUGCCCUCCAGAGUCAACUACCAGGCCAACAUCUGGGCCCUGAAGGAGGAGGGCUGUACACAUAUCAUAGUGACCACAGCCUGUGGCUCCCUGAGGGAAGAGAUACAACCUGGCGACAUUGUUGUCAUCGACCAGUUCAUUGACAGGACAACCAAAAGAGCUCAGACCUUCUAUGAUGGAAGUCAUUCCUGUGCCAGAGGAGUUUGCCAUAUUCCAGUGGCUGAACCAUUCUGCCCCAAAACAAGAGAGGUCCUUAUAGAGACAGCUAAGAAGCUAGGACUCCGGUGCCACUCAAAAGGGACAAUGGUCACAAUUGAGGGACCUCGUUUUAGCUCCCGGGCAGAAAGCUUCAUGUUUCGCACCUGGGGAGCAGAUGUCAUCAACAUGACCACCGUGCCAGAGGUGGUUCUUGCUAAGGAGGCUGGAAUUUGCUAUGCAAGUAUUGCCAUGGCAACUGAUUAUGAUUGCUGGAAAGAGCAUGAAGAAGCGGUGUCAGUGGACCGGGUCUUAAAGACCCUGAAAGAAAAUGCAAAUAAAGCCAAAAGUUUACUCCUUACUACCAUACCUCAGAUAGGAUCCAUGGAAUGGUCAGAAACUCUCCACAACCUGAAGAAUAUGGCCCACUUUUCUGUUUUAUUACCAAGACAUUAAAAUAGCGUGUUUGCUAAGAAGACGAGAUGACUUUCUAAUCCCAGUCAUGUUGGGAACUUCUGUUUCACUUCAAAAACCAUGGAGAAGACAGGCAGUUUUCAUGCCCUUGUCCACAAAGGAAGACCAUUCAUUCGACAAAACAGUGCAUGUAUCAGGGAUGCCUUUCAAAGCACUCAGGUUGCUUCAAGAAACCGAAGAAAAGCUGUGGCCAACACACAAAUGAGAAGAGUCUCACACUAUGGGGUCAUGGGGGAGACAUCUCACCGUUUUACAUUUCCUCCAUUAAAUUUGUUUUAAGAAAUAAUAAAUGGAACCCUUAGGUUUUUUUAUUGAUGUAAAUUGGUAUAGUCUUUCUGGCGGACAGUUUGGUAAAAUAAGUCAAAAGGCUUAAAAAUACUGCUGAUUAUCAAUAAAACAUAUCAAGUAUGUAUAAAGAGAUGUUUAGUAGAGUGUUCAUUGUAGUAGCAAAUAUUUACAGCAAUGUAAAUAUUAAAUCAGAAGUAAAUGAUGAUUUAACUCUUAAUUGGACUGCAAGACAACCUACUGAAUCACGUUUAAACUGUAUUGAUGUCUUAAAGAAUUGGUGACACUGCUUCCAUCAGGAACGUCAUCAUAAGCCCUCUUGUGGGCCACUCCAGGAAUUUGUCCUCCCUAUAAAGUAUCAGUGGUACCGAAGAGAGGCUGGAUCAUCCUACCCUGCCACUCCAAGAAAACUGGUCCUGAAAUGAGUGCAGCCUAGAAUGUUCCCAGCUUUGACCAUGAACUGUGAGCUCAGACCAACAGGGAUUCAGCGGUUACACAUGCUCCUGUGCUAAAUAUGAAUAUAUAUGGGCCCUGGGUUAGGUUGAUGGGGUAAACAGUUAAUUUUAUUCAUAGGUUUGUUUCAUGUUUUAAAGCUACUCUAUACCCUAAUCCAGCUUUCUAGCCCUAUUCUUAACUCUCACACCAUCUUCCCAAACAAUAUUUUUGUCCACUUCCAUGUUAGCUAUCAAACUCAAGAAAACCUACAAAAGUCAUGGGCCUCAAGGAACAUACCUAAAAUAGACUUCUAGCUUCUUUCUACCCUGUGAUCCCUAUUUUCAUGUACUCUAUCCCUAAUUUUUGGUUCCUGUCUUACUGCCUUUCAGCCACUAAGUUGCAGAUGAUAUCAUGACUCCAUCCUGACUUCCCUGGCCUAAUGACCUCACCAAUGUGUCACCUCUCCAGAGCCCUGUCCCACUAGGGAAAGAGAAAUAGGCUAGGGGUAUGAAUUGUCCUGUUGACACCCAUGUCCAGCAGAGAAGCUAUUACAGAAGUCAGAACUUUCACCUUCUGUACCCCAAAAAGAAUUUUGUUCCAUACUUCCAGAAGAAGAGAAAUAGUAGGGGAAGAUGACCAGAGAAGAGGAAAAAAGGAAGGACAUUUGGAAACAGUAAUUGAUGUGGGUGUGACUUGGAUGGGAAAAGGGGCAGGACCAGAGGAGGGGGAAAAAAAAUGAACAAAUAUAGACAGAUAGUUAUAAAAAUAAUAGUCAAUCCAUGUCUGCAAUCUUGGGAAAACUACUGUGGCUUCCAAUGGAGGGAAUGGGGAUACAGAAUGCUGGUGGUAGGACUGGUGAAGAUUUAUACCCCUGUUAAUAUUCUGUAAGUCAAUGUUAAGUCACUAAUAAAAAAAAAAAAAGAAUUGUUGACUCUAAAAUGGAUGUAUAAGUGCUAAUUUUGAUUUCAGAUUGUACAUGUAUACAUAUAGAAAGAGCAGGAAAAGUGAAUAGUCUUAUUAUACUGUAUUUGGUCAAAUAGUAAAGUUUUUUUAAGAAUAAAAGUGGAUUAGGAACAAUCUAGUUAUUUAAUGCACUGUUUUUGAUAAUGAAGCAAACUGCAAAAUGUUAAUAAUAACCAAAGCUUUGUUUGAUGUCCAUCGUUUUGAAAGACCGUCAUAGUAUAAUCAAUACUUGAGUUUCGCAACAACUAAAGAAAUGCUGGAUGUUUAAAAUAGGUCAUCUUAGACGUUAGACAAUUUUAAAAGACUUAACACACAUUAUCUGUGUCGUGCAUUUUUUAAAUUAGUAUAAGAAUGUACAUUGUCUUAUUAUUUGGAAAUCUUUUUUUAUCCUGAGUUGUUUUGGUUUUCACCUUGGCCUGUAACAUGGUACUUUAUUGGCAUAUUUUUGUAUUUAUAGAGUCCGUGAAUUUCUGUUUCUGACACUGCCUUCAACAUAGUAAGCUGUUAAUUGUAAACAACAAAAUAAAU